AUGGCGUCGUCCCGUCGGGUUCUUCUUGUGGCGCUGCUAGUGUCAAUGGCAGCAGGUGUUGCAAUGGGCAGGCCGGUGAGAAGCGACUUGGGUCUGGGUUUAGGUGGUGGGCUAGGCAUAGGGCUUGAUCUUGGGCUCGGUGGAUCGGGUUCGGGCCAGGGGUCGGGUUACAGUGCUUGGUCGGGUCAGAACGGUGGCUCUCACACCGCGUCCGGUCGUGGGUCGGGCACGGGCUCCGGUUACGGGUAUGGCUCGGGCUCUGCUAAUGGGGGCUCAGCUUCCGGUUGUGGUUCGGGUACGUCGUCUUGCUCGGGUUCGGGUUCUGGCUCUGGCUCCGUAGGCUUGGACACAUCGAUAAAUGUCGGUGUUGGUGUCGGCGUCGGCUCGAAUGGUGGGGCGAACGGUGGUCCGGACUGUAACACGGGUACCGGGUCGAACUAUGGUUCCAGAGCGGGCUUGGGUUCGGGCUCUGGGUCCGGGUCCGGGUCAGGUGGAGGUUCAUAUUCCUCACGUGGGCGUGAGUCAUCUGGUAUUGGGUCGGGUUCUGGUGUAUCGUCCGGGGUUGGCGGCGGGUCGAAUGUCGGGCCAAGUGGUGGGUGCUUAUCUUGUGGUUCUGGCACUGGUGGUGUUGUUGGUGGCUCCUCGUCGAAUUCAAAUUCGAAUUCGGGCACUGGUUCAGGCUCCAACUCGUAUGGUGGGUCGAAUGCCGGUUCUUACUCGAAUACUGCAGCUGGGUCCGGCUCAAGCGUAGGCUCGGGAUAUGAUUCCUCUGGCUCAGGUUCAGGUUCAGGUUCAUCUUCUGGGUCAGGUGCGGCUUCAUUUGGUGGAUCACGUGUCGGUUCAAACUCCAACUCUGGCUCUACGUCGGGUGCAAACUCAGGGUCAAAUUCUGGUGCAAUCGGUGCAUCAGGUAGUGGAUCAAACUCCAUGUCAAGUGCAAACUCGGGUGCGUUCGGUGCAUCAGGCGGUGGAUCAAACUCCAUGUCGGGUUCGGGGUCAAGCUCUAACUCCGGCUCUAUGUCGGGUGCAAACUCGGAUGCUGGUUCGAGCUCUGGUGCGUUCGGUGCAUCCGGUAGUGGAUCAAACUCCAUGUCUAGUUCAGGGUCUACUGGAUUCGGUUCCAGCACGGGCGCCGGUUCUAGCUCGAGCGCCUGGUCCGGCGCCGGCUCCGGCUCGAACCCCGGCUCAUUCUCCGGAGCAGGAUCCUCCAGCUGGUCCAGCUCGACGUCCGGCUCAACCUCGGGCGCAGGGUUCGGUCCCGGGGGACGGCCGGGGUUCGGCGUGGGCGGAGGAGGAACAGGCUACGGCGCGGGUUACGGGUCCGGUGGCGGGUCUGGCUGGGGCAAGCACCACUGA